GCUGAUCUGUUCUGUACGACAUCUAUUGCACAUCUGUCCGUCCUGGAAGAGGGAUCCCUCCUCAGUUGCUCUUCCUGAGGUUUCUACCGUUUUUUCCCCGUUAAAGGGUUUUUUGGGGAGUUUUUCCUGAUCAGCUGUGAGGGUCUUAAGGACAGAGGGAUGUCGUAUGCUGUAAAGCCCUGUGAGGCAAAUUGUGAUUUGUGAUAUUGGGCUGUAUAAAUAAAAUUGAUUGAUUGAUUGAUUGAUUGAUUGAUUGAUUGAUCAGUGGGAGUGCUGAAGAGAUCUGUUGGAGUGGACCUAUUGGAUGAAAGGAAGCAUUUUCGCCUCAAGAAACAUAUCACAACACUGGUAAAAGGUUAAAAAGUUAAAAGUUAGGUAAGAUGAUCAUGGUGUUAUAUUUCAUACACUGUUCUUUACUGCUUUCCUCUUUUCUGUCUCUCUUCUUUAACCCUCAUAUGCAGAGCAGCACUAUAGGGUCUAUUAACAUUCAUGGUGGGAGAGAUAAACAUAAAAGAGCCCUAGUCAGUGAGAUUGUUUCACAAAAAAAGAUAGAUGUGCUGUUCUUAGAGGAAACUCAUAGUGACCAGGCAGAUGAGGUAGACUGGGGUUUAUGGUGGGAGGGUCCACACGUCCUGAGUCAUGGCACAAGUGUCAGUGCAGGGGUAGCCAUCCUCUUCAGAGCAACUGCCAAUGCAGUCAUUCUCUCUGUUAGCGAGGUGGUCAAGGGUCGGCUGCUGAUUGUCAGGGCAGAGAUGAACGGCUCAGUAUUGUGUUCUGUUAAUAUUUAUGCUCCCAAACAGGGCUCUGACAGAAUGGGGCUUCUUACAAAAAUACAGUCUGAACUCAGGAACUACAGUCAGGACCAUAUCAUUCUUGGUGGUGAUUUCAACUGUACAGUUGACUUCACUCAGGACAGAACCAAUGAAGAGCCACACCCACAAUCCUCCCAGUGUUUAAAACAAACUAUUACUGACUUAGAUCUGUUUGAUACCUGGAGACUCAAACACCCACACACCCGUCAGUACACAUGGAUACGGAUCAGAAACAACAGGGUCAGUGCAGCCAGACUAGAUAGGUUUUACAUCUCACAAAAUCUCAACACCAGAUUAGUCAGCAGUACCAUAACCCCGGUUGGUUUCACUGACCACCACCUAGUCAGUAUAAACUUGACAAUUUCAUCAGGUGAGAGGGCCAAAUCUUACUGGCAUUUCAACAAUAAACUCUUCCAAGACAGCACCUUUUGUCAGAGCUUUGGGAAUUUCUGGAGACACUGGCAGACAAAGCCUAUUUAAAGCUGAACCGUGUAGCGCUGAGAACCGCAAAGAGCUUGUGGAGGAUCUUCCUCAGCUCAGUCUAGAGGAGACAGCUGCCCUGGACUGAGGGCUAACUCUCGAAGAGUGACAAUGGCCAUUAACCAGAUGCCUUCUGGACGGGCACCAGGGAUUGACGGUUUCUCCACUGACUUCUAUAAGUGGUUCUGGAACAUUAUUGGCACCGACCUACACGAGGUGGUCCAGGAGUGUUUCAGAACUGGAUCUCUUCCGGUUUCUUGCCAGCGGGCAGUCCUUUCCCUGCUGCCUAAGAAGGGGGACCUGACAUUACUUAAGAACUGGAGGCCAGUGGCCCUCUUCUGUACGGACUAUAAGGUGCUUUCCAGAGCC